AUCCCCACAAGCGCCCUCCUCAAACAGUACCUAUGCAUACAUUAUCCUCGGGGUGUGCUACGUAUUAACAUAAAAAUAAUCAUAGCUAGCCGGUGGAGGGGGAGCUGUGGCGCGCAGAGCCUCCUAAAGGCGUUUAAAUUCAGGGUUUGUUUUUCAAAUCACCUUGCUGGUCUAACAAAACAAGCCUAGAAGCGGAUUCAGGCAGCGGGCACUGCGAGGGGACCGCCCUAUCCAUCAGGUGCGCGCGCCCCCGCGUUGCAGACCCCUCGGACAGCGGGUCCCGGGGGCUCGCGCGGGGAGAGGGAACGUGCCUCUCCCGGGGGUCGCCCAGCCGCCUUCUGGGAGCUGUAGUCCGCGCGGGGCGGAGGCAUGUCGGGAGUAGUAGUUCUAGGGUUCGCGGGGUUGCGGGACUGGUCCCGGCCUUUCUGGGGCUAGAGGCGCGGGUGAUCUCGGUUACGCUGGGGCGGUGUGUAAGGAGCGGAGACUUCCCGGCUGCCUCUUCCUCGCAGCGGUGGAGCCAGCGUCUGUCCCGUCUGGGUGGGGAGUGCGGUGUCCGGCGGGGCCGCGCGCGGAUACCGGGAGACGCCGCGCGGCCCGUGGGUCAGAGGUCGGCCGGGGCGGCGGUGCCUUGCGGGUGUCGCGGGCCGGGAAGACGCGGAGAGGAAGCGCCCUGCCAGAUCUACCUUGUCAGCAGUCUACACUCCUCUUGCCAGGAAAACUGAGAAGGAAAGCAUGGCUGUGGAUUUGCUGCCCACCAAGGUGAAAGAGUCUGUGACGUUCAGGGACGUGGCCGUGGUCUUCAGCCAGGACGAAUGGCUGCGCCUGGACUCUGCGCAGAGAACCCUGUACCGGGAGGUGAUGCUGGAGAACUAUGGCACCCUGGUCUCGCUGGGGAUUCCAUCUUCGACGCCAAAGGUGAUCUGCCGGUUGCAGCAAGGCGAGGAUCCUUGCGUGGUGGAAAGGGAAACCCCUCAAGACGCCUGUCUAGGUUUCAAGACUUGGCCUGAAAUGGAAGCCUCACCUCCCAGACAGGACAUUUCUAUAGAAGAAACAUCUCAGGGAAUAAUAAAGAAAAAGUCCAUUAAGUUUGGUCACUGGGACAUCGAUUUUGGACAGACUUUGGAAUUGGAGAGUGGAACAGAACAGGAGCAACGGAAGAAACCUCUUCAGCAAAUCAUGGCCUCACACAAAAAAACUGUGAGUGGAGAUGUAAAGCAGACACGUCUUGAAUUGGGGAAAGGCUUACUUAUAAAUACAAUUCUUGUCACACAACAGAGUGUUCCUAUAGAAAGGAUACCCAAUAUACAUUACACUUUUGGGAGAGAUUUUAAACAGAAUUUUGAUCUAAUGAGAUGCAUCCAGAUUUACCCAGGAGAAAAACCUCAUCUUUGUAAUGAAUGUGGGAAAAGCUUCAACCAGAGUCUCCAUCUGAUUGAACACCAGAGAAUUCACACUGGUGAGAAACCCUACAGAUGUAGUGAGUGUGGGAAACCGUUUAGCCACAGAUCCUCCCUUCUUGCCCAUCAGAGAAUUCAUACUGGAGAGAAACCUUACAAAUGUAAUGAAUGUGAGAAGGCGUUUAGCAGCAGCUCGACCCUAAUCAAACACCUGAGGGUGCACACCGGCGAGAAACCCUACCAGUGUAAGGAAUGUGGUAAAGCCUUUAGCCAGUGUUCAACCCUUACUGUACAUCAGAGGAUUCAUACUGGAGAGAAACUCUAUAAAUGUGCUGAAUGUGAGAAGGCCUUCAAUUGUAGAGCAAAACUUCACAGACACCAAAGAAUCCACACAGGAGAGAAACCCUAUAAAUGCAGUGAAUGUGGGAAAGGUUACAGCCAGUUUGCAUCCCUGGCUGAACAUCAGAAGCUUCAUACUGGAGAACAGCUGUGUAAAUGCUUGGAAUGUGGGAGAACCUUCACACGCAUCUCCACCCUUAUUGAACACCAGCGAAUUCAUACUGGUCAGAAACCCUACCAGUGCAAUGAAUGUGGGAAAGCCUUCAACCAGUAUUCAUCCUUCAGUGAACAUCGUAAAAUUCACACCGGGGAAAAGCUUUACCCAUGUGGAGAAUGCGGGAAAGCCUUUGGUUGCAAAUCCAACCUUUACAGGCAUCAGAGAAUUCACACUGGAGAGAAACCCUACCAGUGUAAUCAGUGUGGGAAAGCCUUCAGCCAGUAUUCAUUCCUAACAGAGCACGAGAGGAUCCAUACUGGCGAGAAACUCUACAAGUGCAUGGAGUGUGGGAAAGCCUACAGUUAUAGAUCAAACCUUUGUAGACACAAAAAAGUUCACACUAAGGAAAAACUCUAUAAAUGGAAGGAAUAUGGGAAUCCUUUUAUCUAUAGCUCCUCCCUUACUCAGUAUCAGAGAUUUCUCAGAGAUGAUGAGUCCUGUGAAGUUUAAUUCUUCUCUCAAAUGAUUCAAGACUCCUCACUGGAGAAUAAUAAAUAGGGCACAGACUGCAGAUCAGAUAAAGAUUUUUUUUUUACUUCAGGAGGAAAUAUGCUAGUUUCCACUAAGUCAUGGUAAAAUUGAUCAAUGGAAUUAUGAAGAGCACCGAUUUGUCAAAUUUUAUAAGAAUCAUUAAAUAUUAAAUGCUAAGGUUACAAAGAACAUAUAAUAAUUUUUAAAUUCAUAGAAAAAAUAUAAAAGGCCUAACUUAAAAAAAUAGUAAAAAUAAUGGAAUGUGAGUUUUGUUUUUCUUUUUCUUUUUCUUUUUCUCUUUCUUUUUCUUUUUCUUUUUUAGAGAGCGAGCACAAGUGGGGAAGAGGGGCGGUGGGGGGAGAAAGAGAGAGAGAAUGGGAGAAAGAAUCCCAAGCAGGCCCCACACCCAGUGCAGAGCCUGAUGCAAGACUUGAUCUCACAAAUGUGAGAUCAUGACCUGAACUGAAAGCAAGAGUCGGACGCUUAACUGACUGAGCCACCCAGGCGCCCCUAAGUUUUGUUUCUUUCAUUAGAGUUUAUUCCCUAAGAGUAAGCUUCAGUAUGAAUUUUCUUUUAAAAAUGGUCAUUGAGUUAAAGUGAAUAAGCGUGAGGCCAUAAUUUGCUAAAAUGGCAGGCAAAUACAGGACACACGCUUUUCCAUGAAGAGAAGCUCAAGAUAAAAAGGAAUUCUUUAAAUUCAAAUUUUCACAUGGAAUCAAGCUCAAUUUUUCAUGAACUGUGUCACUGGCAGGUUAUAUAUAUAAAUAUUUAUAUAUCUAUACACAUAUGUGUACAAACAUACAUAUGCACAAGCUUUGGAAUAUAUGUAUAUUUUUUCCAAAAGUUUUUGAUGAUUAAAAAAACAUGGUUUCAUUAACCUAGAAUUCAGUUUUGGAAAUUGAAAUUUUUCCCAAAGUGAGUCUCUUUUCCUUUUCCUUACAUUAUUUCUUAAUUUGACAUGACUUGACAUUACUGAAUAGUCUUAGGCUAGUAUUAUAGAAGGUGUAGUAAAUUGAGGCCAGUGGAGAGAAUGUGAUGCAAAUACUCUGUUUUCUGUGGCAGAAGGUACGUAUUUGCAGAAUCUGACUACAGCUGGUAGCUCAUUAGAGCCAGGUGGAAUUUUAAUUUAGUUUAUUUAUAGCUAAUAAAAUUGAGCUUAUUGGGCAGAGUCGAGACUAGAAUCUAAGUUUCCAGCUCCUGUUUUCUGUGACAAUUAUAGGUAUGAAUUACAAUAAUUCACUUCCAAUCUCACGUCCCGAGAGUAUGACUUACUGUUUGUUUUGUAAACUGGUUUGGCACAACAACAGUAAUUUCAUCAGUUUUAUUUCUGUGUUUGACAGGUUCUUCCUAACUGCAGUCCUGUUAAUUGGCUUACAGUCAUGCCUUUGUUUUUCUUAUGUGUCCCUAAUUACACCUGCUUUUGUAAUCACUGUACAUAAGUCCUCAAACCCAGCUGAGGUCCAGAUAGUGAAAUUGCUUUUCGAUUUUCACAUACAAGACUGCCUUUUCAUUUGUUUUUGUUAUACGUCUUUUGUGUAAAGUGAUAAGUGAAUAUUUAAUUAUUAAACCUUCUAGUCAUCGGUUAAAAUUGGGUAUCCAAAUAUUUUCCAUAUUUUUGAGAUACAUUUCAUUUUCCCUGUGCCUCCUUCCCACAAUCUUAUAUUUCAGUUUCACAGUUGGUAUCAUUUAAAAAACUGUCCUAAUAAAAGUAGCUAGAACCGUCUGUCUGAGAAAGGUUUUAGAAUUAAAUGCAGACAUUCAGCAUAGUGUACUUCUUGACCUGUCUUAGCUCAUUAGAAAAUCUCUCUUUAUAUAUUUAUGUAUAUUUGUUAGGAAAUGAGCUUUCAUAAAGACUUCAAUGUUUAACACUGGAUAGAGCCAUUUGCAAGAUAUUUCAGAUAAAAACAUGUUUGGUUAUCCAAUAGCAAUGACCAUGUUUAGUGCCUAGAUUUUGGUUUCCAAAUGCUAUUCCCUACUGAAAAUAACCACGGCUCAUUUGGAGCAGGGAAAAUAUAAAAUGUGUCUGAGGUAUCUUUUUAUGAAACAAAACCAAUAGAUAGCACUUAAAGACAAGCACUUAAAGGAUAACAUCAGGGGCUCCUGGGUGGCUGAGUCGGUUAAGCAUCCAACUGUUGGUUUCAGGUUAGGUCAUGAUCUCACAAUUUUGUGGGGAAGAGCCCUGCGUUGGGCUCUGCACAUGGAACCUGCUUAGGAUUCUCUCUCACCCUCUCUCUGCCUGUUCCCGGUCGUGCCGUCUCUGUCUCUCUCAGAAACAAAUAAAGUUAAAAAAUUUUCUUUUAAAAAAGGAUAAUGUCAGAAGGACACGGAAACCAAGUUGAAGUUUCUCUCACUGGUCAAAUUUAACACAAUAUAAACAUCGGAAAGAAUAAUCAUUGUAAUUGUGUAUAACAUGCUAAGUAAAAAUGAGCCCAUUAUGAAAAAGUAGUGAAAAAAAAAAAAAAAGGAAAGCUGUCUAUGAACUUAUUUGGUGAAUGCCAUCUUUUUAACUGUAUGUGGAAU